AUGGCUCGAUCCGACGAAGCACAAGCCUUUUUCGACGCAGUGUAUGCGGCUAUCCAAGAGAUCCCCCAUGGAAGAGUGACUACGUAUGGCCAUAUCGCCGCUCUCAUCGGUACCCCGGAGCGUCCCCGCCAAGUGGGUGUUUGUUUGAAGCAUCUCCCGGCGAGCGCGGAUGCCGAGUUCAACUCUUCGACGGUGCCUUGGCAAAGAGUGAUUAAUGCCAAGGGAACGAUUUCGCCUAGAUCACAUCCUACCGGGGCCCUGAAUCAAGCAGAGGCGCUACGUGCCGAAGGUGUUCAGACCACCACUUCUGCUCUCGGCGAGCACUGCGUAGAUCUCUCAAAGUACGGCUGGUUCCCUCCGAGCUUCCCUCAGAGGUUGCUCAUAGGGUAG